AUGAUAUUUCUUGAAGUCCUUAUCUCUGACUCGCCACUGGACCGACUCACUGCAACGACAGUCUCUCUCUCUCUCUCUCUCUCUCUCUCUCUCUCUCUCAACGGCCUUCACCUUCUUGUUUCCCAACAACACAUGACAGGUGAAAUCUACCCCCUUCCUUCAGCAAACGGUAUACCUGUGCCUUUCUCCUUAGUUUGCGGUAUGUUCUCCACUUUUCCUUGUCUUCUCGUCAACCGAGACAUGGGAGUCGCAACCCGUUUCCUCCCCUCUAUUCGAGUUAGGGUUUUUUUCGUUCGAUGUGGUCCAUCUUUCUCCUGCGAGGACAGGUUCGUCUCAGGUGACCCGCUCCUCCACAGCGCCAACACCUUCGCUCAUUACAACUUGCCGAAAAGUGUCCGACCAUGCCCACGUCCAGCAUCUCAGAGGUCUUACUCGCACUGGGGGUCUGCCUCUUACUUUUUCACAGGUGACCCAUUGGCGUUUCCCGGACCCCUUUCCUUUUUUGGGAGGAGGCACCAGCGUAUUAACUCGCUUUAUCCCUAG